AUAUUUUCACCUUUCGGUUUGGAACUUUGGGUUAAUCUGAGCGUGUCUGUGUUCGUCGGCUUUGAGUGUGGAUCCGUGACCUGAAGCCUUAGUUCACUGCACCCGAAAAAGGAUGGAUUUUGUCCCCCAGAUCCCCAAUAUUAAGAUGGUCAGUGGCGUUCCAAGCAAGCUGAGGAUAUGGUGGGAAGAUUUGGAUCUUGGUAGUAGACUGGCUGUUACGAGGAGUUUGAGGUUCCUCAUUUCACUGUUCCAGAUCGCUCCCGACAAACAUGUGAUUAGAACAUUACUUCAAUUUUGGGAUCCAAAUCGAGUUGUAUUCAAAUUUAAGGACUUUGAACUCACACCCACAUUGGAAGAAAUCAGUUAUUUUACUAAUUUGAAAUACCAAGGGAAAGGCCAGAUUAUUCCGCACAGUCAAUCAGGGAAGAAAUUUCUUUGCUACUUCGGGUUGAAGAACACUAAAAAACUCCGAUGCUUCGAGAAUAACUGGGUCUCUUUGGAUUAUUUGUAUGAGAGGUAUGGUCGUCAGGAUGGUUACAAGCUGUUCAAGAAGGAAUUCUCAUGCACUCCCGCCCAUUGGCAAGUUAGACGUCCCAUUGUAUUUGUUGUUGCCUUACUUGGGACUUUGGUAUUCCCACGUGAAUACGGAAGAUCGAUUUGCAUAUGUUCCGUGGCUCGAGCACUUUUUGAAGGAGUUGACGGAGCGCAACUCACCUUGGUUCCCAUGAUUUUGGCAGAAAUACUUCGAGCUCUAGGAAAGUGUAAAAGAGGUGAAACAAAUUUCUUUGAGGGUUGCAAUUUUCUCCUACAGAUGUGGGCAAUAACCAGCAGGGAUUCUUUCCUCAAAUCGUAUAAGGAAGAGGAAACUUUUAUUAAGAGAGAAUAA